GCCUCCCAUUGCUUGCUGCCAGGCCCGUAAUCUGCCAUGGGCCCCUGUACCGCCUCCUCAUGCUGCUGCCAGGCCCGUAAUCUGCCAUGGGCCCCUGUACCGCCUCCUAAUGCUGCUGCCAGGUCCAGAGUGUGUCAUGGGUCCCCCUGUACGGCCUCCCAUUGCUGCUGUCUCCAUCGCCACACUCUGCCAUGUGCCACUUUCAGGUCUCCUCCACACUGCUGGUGGGUUCCAUUUUGGUCAUAGGGUGCUGUAACUGGCCUCACCCAUUGCUGCUGCCUCCACCGCCACACUGUGGCUCCACACUCUGGUUUUUGGCCCCGUGACUGCCCAAAUGAGUGAAGUGUGCGGUGAUUCUAAGAUGGACGGCACUCAUCUGCAUGUCAUACUGACUGACAGUAUUAUUUCUCUUCCCCAGCAGACUCCAAGGGCAUUUAAAUUAAAGGUACAGUGUUUUCUGCACUAAUAUGA